UUGAUCAUGAAGGUGUUCUGUUCCCAAAUUUUAGGGUUACUUCUGUUUGUUGCUGUCCUUCCAUGCAAAGCUUUGAUUAACUAUACUUUCAUAGUGAAAGAAACUCCAUAUACAAGACUAUGCAGCACGAAGAACAUCUUGACUGUGAAUGGACAGUUUCCGGGACCAACUCUAUAUGUUACCAAAGGAGAGACGGUCAUUGUGGAUGUCUACAACAAGGGCAGCUAUAAUAUCACGAUUCACUGGCAUGGAGUGAAGAUGCCAAGGUAUCCAUGGUCAGAUGGCCCAGAAUAUGUCACACAGUGCCCGAUCCAACCUGGAGGUAAGUUUAGCCAAAAGAUCAUAUUUUCUUCGGAGGAAGGGACUCUAUGGUGGCAUGCUCAUAGUGAUUGGUCCCGAGCCACAGUCCAUGGUGCUAUCAUCAUCUACCCCAAGAAAGGAACUAGCUAUCCUUUUCCCAAGCCUCAUGCAGAAGUUCCCAUCCUAUUAGGAGAAUGGUGGAAGAAAGAUAUUAUGGAGGUUCUUACGGAAUUUGUUCAGAAUGGAGGAGACCCCCAAAUCUCGGAUGCUUUCACUAUUAAUGGUCAACCUGGUGAUCUGUAUCCCUGCUCAAAACCAGAAACAUUCAAGCUUCUGGUUGAUUAUGGCAAGAUGUAUCUCCUCCGAAUAAUCAAUGUGGACAUGCAAGACAUUCUCUUCUUCUCCAUUGCCAAACACCAAAUCACCGUGGUUGGAACUGAUGCCAGCUACACCAAGCCAUUAGCACGAGAUUACAUCGCUAUAUCCCCUGGACAAACAAUUGAUGUCUUACUCGAAGCCAACCAAUCUCCGGACCACUACUACAUGGCUGCUAGAGCAUAUUCAAGCGCAAAGGGGGUUGAAUACGAUAACACGACCACCACUGCAGUUGUUCAAUACAAUGGGAACUAUACUCCUUCACCUCCUUCCUUGCCUUUUCUUCCUGACUACAAUGACACAAAUGCAUCAGUUAACUUCACUGGUAGCCUCAGAAGCUUAGCAAAUAAAGACCAUCCGGUUGAUGUCCCAACAAACAUUACGACUCCAUUGAUCUUCACUGUUUCCAUGAACACAUUUCCAUGCCCUCUUAACAGGACGUGUAAGGGUCCAAAUGGGACUAUGCUAGCUGCUAGUGUGAACAACAUAAGCUUUGUAAACCCAAAGAUCGAUGUGCUCGAAGCAUACUAUUAUCAAAUAAAUGGAGUAUUUGGAACUAGGUUUCCUAGUUUCCCACCAUACGUAUUUAAUUUUACAGCAGAGUAUCUGUCCUUGCUCCUAGAGUUACCGAAUCGGUGGACUGAGGUUAAGGUACUGGACUAUGACUCCGUGGUGGAGCUUGUCUUUCAGGGGACAAACUUGGUUGCAGGGACAGACCAUCCCAUACAUCUCCAUGGAUACAGUUUCUAUGUUGUUGGGUGGGGAUUUGGGAAUUUCAACAAAGAUAAGGACCCUUUGGGGUAUAAUCUAGUCGACCCUCCUCUUCAGAACACCAUCGCUGUUCCGAAAAAUGGUUGGACCACCAUCAGAUUUAAGGCACACAACCCUGGAGUUUGGUUGAUGCACUGCCAUAUAGAACGCCACCUUACAUGGGGCAUGGACAUGGUGUUCAUAGUGAAAAACGGCCCAAGUCCAGAGGUACAAUUACUACCUCCACCUCCGGACAUGCCUCCAUGUUGA